AAGCUCUACCCCUUACCACUGUAGGAAAUAAGUUGUUGGUGUCUGAUCUACACUUCCUGACACCGUUGGGCCUGACAAGUGCUGACGUCUUCUGUACACAGAAACCAAUCAAGUCGAGGAAGCCACUCAGUCGCUCCCCGGCAGCCGGCGGAGGGUGUGCUGACCGCAGGAUCGUUGAAGCCCAACAAACAGCUUCCAGUCUUUGCGACAAGAUUGAUCAUCUGAUAGAGAUAGCCACGUAUCCAAACCUCUCUGGAUCUGCAAGGGAGCCGGCUGCCGAGGACUUGCAACUUGGCGUAAUUGGACCGCGAGGUUUCGUGAUCUCGCAACCCGUCGUUCCCAACGUCGGCCCCUCUGACAAUGUCAACAAUGUCAAACUCGUAUAUCUUCACUGUAUUGCAAGUCCUAGCGAUAGCGGUCCUUUCCCGUGCUAUCUACCUUCGCUUUUUGCACCCCCUUCGCAUCUACCCCGGCCCCUUCCUAGCCAGCGUCAGCAAUAUCUGGAAGUUCUACCACUAUCUAACAGGCAGUUUGAAUGUGGUCGAGCAGCAAUUGCACCAGCGGUACGGUCCCGUUGUCCGCACCGGCCCCGAGUCGCUGUCUUUCUCAAACCCAGAAGCCUUUGAAUCCAUCUACGGCUUCAAUCAUGGCUUCGAAAAAGGCGACUUCUACGCCUUCGCCCGUGACCCAAAUACCGGUGCCUCCAACAUCUUCUCUGCUCGUACCCACGCCGAACAUCGUAACUGCCGCCGCAAAGUCGCCGGCGCCGCCCUCACCACCUCGCAUAUCCGCUCCUACAGUCCCAUAAUUGCGAGACAUGUUCAACACUUUCUCACUAAGCUCUCCGCUGCCAGUGCAGAUGCAAAGGAUAAUGUGCUCAACGUCGCGGAGCCAAUCCACGCACUCACCUUCAACACUCUAGUCGAGCUGAUCUACGGCCCCUCACUCUCCCCCGCCAACCAGCCUUGGACUGAAACAGCCAGUGGGGAGGGCAUCCUUCCCGCCUUUCGCGCCAUCUCCAAAUUCGGUUGGGGAGCUUCGUAUAUCCCUCUCCUUGCCUGGCUCAUGUCCACCGGGCCUAUGAUCAAGAUGACCCGCAAACCUACCUUCAACGCAGCCGGCAUCCCAACAGGCAUCGGCGCGUUGGCCGCUCGAGCGAAGCUAUUAUUGCUAGAGGAACCGGACCUAGUGACGGGAGUGGACCAGCCGAGUGUUGCAAAGAGCAUGUUGGUGAUGGAGAAAGGGGAUUCGAGACACAUGGAGCCGAAGGAGGUAUAUAGGGAGUGUUUUAACUUGCUAUUUGCGGGGCCGGGGAGCACGGCAGCGGCUGUGACGGGGGUCUUGGAGAGGCUGGGGAGUGAGGAGGGUAUGUUAUGGCAAGAGAGAAUACGAAGUGACCUUAAUCAUGCCAACGAUGCUAGCGAGAGCAGGGUUCUGGAUGCGGUGGUGCGCGAGAGUAUGAGAUACAGCGCACCGUUCCCUACGGCGUUCCCGCGGGAAGUGCAGCCGGGAGCGGAGAAGGCGAUCGCUGGAGUGGAGACGCCGCUGCCUAUUGGCACCAUUGUCGGUGCUAACAGCUGGAUUGUUAGCCAUGACAAAAGCCUAUGGGGCAGCGACGCCGGGCAGUGGAAGCCUGAACGUUGGCUUGAUGUGAAAGGGAUCGCCGAGAAGAAGUCACUAGAGGACAGGUUUGUAGUGUUUAGCAAAGGCCCACGCGGCUGCAUCGGCAAGGAUAUCGCCAUGUUGGUUGUGGCGCAGGCAGUGGCUGGCAUUGUAUCAAAUUGGCAAAUCGAGCGGGUUGGGCAGAUGAAGGGGGGCGGGUGGCUGGAGAUGCAGGUCCAGUGGUGCGGUUUGAAGUUGACGAAGAUUUAAAUGCACUAGACCUCUAUAGACUGAAGUAAGCAGUCUGUUGAAACAUAAAUUUGCAAUGUACAAAGCAAAUUCGGAGAGACGGGGUAGAGAAGUAGCAAAGUAGGUCUGGUGGGAGAUGGUAGGAAAGAGCAAAAGUUUGGGAGGGAGCGAGAGCUGAAUAAAUAGCCGAAUUUUAAAAUCCAUUAGUAUUCCGUAU